UGCUGUGGUGCCCCGACCUUGGUGAAUGCAAAUUUCCCCAAUAUCCUGGGGAACCAGCCCCAUGGAACACCCAGACCACGUUUACCCCUCCAAGCUCAACUCAAAACUACAAAUGUCCUGGAAGCUCCGGGGGUCUGAUCUUUGUCUCCUGCUUCCCUUCUUCUUCUUCAACCCCGAUCAGCCUUUACAUUGUGAACACACGCAGCAGUAAUGGGUCUUGGAAUCCUCGAAUCGUCCACCCCGGGCCAUGUCCCUGGCACAGUCCUGCUUGAUCAAAUAGCUGCUCAUUCUGAGCAACAGACUGGUCGCCUCAAGCAUGGCAGUGGCAAAGCUGCAAAUCUCGUCCUCGCACCUCAGCCGUCCGAAGACCCCAAUGACCCCUUGAACUGGUCUAGCUGGAAGAAGCAUAUGGUCUUGGCGGUCAUCUUCUUCGGUGUCGUGAUUCAUGGUUGUGUGCCCUCUCCACUCCUGAACGCUGGUGUCGUCGAGGUGGCUGCAGAUCUCAAGAGAACCCCAACGGCCGUCGCCCAAAUCUCUGGUUAUAUGCUCCUUUGCACUGGUGCCGUUGGUCCCUUUGUCUCUGCUAUUGGUCGAAAGUAUGGCAAACGACCUGUCUACGUCGUCUCAUCACUCUUUGGAACCCUCGGUAUCAUCAUCAGCGAAAGCGCCAGUGGAUACAGCACACUUUUGGCAGGUCGCAUCUUGCAGGGUGUAGGCAUAGCUGCAUACGAAGCACUGGUAAUCGCGACAAUUGGCGAUAUCUUCUUCGUGCAUGAGCGCGGACCUCGUGUCGCUGUUGCCAUGUUUCUUCUGGCUGCUAUUUCCAACGGUGUGUCCAUUAUCGCUGGCGUCAUCACCGCGAAUCUGGGGUGGCAUUACAACUUCUAUAUCUGUCUGCCAUUUGGAGCUCUGCAAACUAUCCUGGUCAUCCUCUUUGCACCUGAGACCAUGUACAGACGCAGGGCAAUCUAUGAAAUUGAUACCGCUGGUUCAGAAGAGAACCUUGAGAAGCUUGCUCAAGUCGAAAUGCGCCACGUUGAACAUUCCAGAGACAUUAGCCCCGACGGCGAAUCAAAAGACAUCGAGAGAACCACUACUGCCAUUUCUUCUGUGGGUUCCAUCCCAGCCAAGAAAACUUUUGUCCAGGAGCUUGCCUUGUACACUGGAACAUACGUCGAUGACCCGCUUUGGAAAAUGGUUGUGGCAUCUGUCGCUAUCCUUCUCAACGUUGGCUGUCUUUACCAGAUCGUUAUGACCGGACUCAUCAUCGCUUGGUACGUCGCCGUUGCAAUCACGUCCGGCGUUAUCUUUGCCUCUCCACCCUAUCUUCUCGGUUCCGCGACAAUCGGCUAUAUGUCCGCCGGUCCUCUUAUUGGGGGCUUUUUCGGCGCCUUGUUUCCAUUCUUCACAGCGGAACCCCUGGUCAAAUUCAUGACCAAGAGAAAUCGUGGCGUCUACGAGCCAGAAUUCUGUCUCUUGCCAGUCAUGUCCAUUGGUAUGGUCUGCGCUGUUGCCGGCCUUGCGGGUUGGGGUCGAGUUGUGUCCCAAGGUGCCUCUAUUUACCUUGUCUGCUUCCUCUGGGGAGUCAUGCUCUUCGGCAUGACUACGAUUGCCUCAUUCUGCACACAAUGGUCGCUUGAUGCAUAUCGCCAACACAGCACUGAGUUGUUCAUCAUGAACAUGGUCUUCAAAAACUUUUUCUUCUAUGGCUUGACAAACUACGUGAUUGAUUGGUGGGUCAAGGACGGUUCCAUGGACAUGGCAGGUAUUAUGGCAGGCCUUACUGCCGCUCUAUGCCUCCUGUCCGUCCCAAUUUACAUCUUCGGAAAGAGGUACCGCAACUUCUGGCACCACAACAAUCUCCUGAAGAAACUUCACCUGGAGACGACCAACACCGAAGCCGUAGGUGGACAUUGAAGGAGCUCUGCAGGCCGAUGAACAGGAAGGUCUUGACAUGGAGUGGUCGUUGUCGAAAGAGUAGUGGGUGUUGACUGGAAGUCUUGUUACCUAAGGCUCGGGGAGGCGAGUGGCACUGAAAUAUCUCUUACGCUCUCGACAAGUACAUAAACUCUUUGCUCUCUUUGAUCACGCUUUGACCUCGUGCAUGUUCAAUCAACAU